CUUCAUCGAACCUUCGAACCCAACCCACCCCAAUUACCCAGCGAUCCCCCAAUAAGUCGCAAUCAUGGGUAAAGGAAAGCCGAGAGGUCUCAACGCUGCCCGCAAGCUACGUAACCAUCGCCGCGAAGGCCGCUGGGCCGAUCUGCACUACAAGAAGCGUCUGCUCGGAACCGCCUACAAGUCGUCUCCCUUUGGUGGCUCUUCGCACGCUAAGGGCAUCGUUCUCGAGAAGGUUGGCGUUGAGGCUAAGCAGCCCAACUCUGCUAUCCGGAAGUGUGUCAGGGUUCAGUUGAUCAAGAACGGAAAGAAGGUCACUGCUUUCGUCCCCAACGACGGUUGUCUCAACUUCGUAGACGAGAACGACGAAGUGCUCCUCGCCGGAUUCGGUCGUAAAGGCAAAGCCAAGGGUGAUAUUCCCGGUGUGCGUUUCAAGGUUGUCAAGGUUUCUGGUGUCGGUCUCUCUGCGUUGUGGAAGGAGAAGAAGGAAAAGCCUAGGUCAUAAGCUUCUAGCGAAAAAUAUUCAGCGUACGUGCGUGGGUGCGAAGCGAAGCAUCGUGCAUUGAGGACGAUGGAAUGGGCUGGGGAUGGUCGGCUGACACAUGGGAUGGCAUACGGAGUCUUCACUGGGGACAUUUCUGUAUUUCGAGAGGCAUGAAUAUCUCAUGAUCAGCUUGAUGGAGGUUAGAUAGAAAACCUGACCUGUGCGAGCACAAAUUCCGUCAUAGUGUUAGGGAUAUUGGUCCUUGUUUGUUUCUC